UCAAUUCAAAACUUAUGAAGUCGAAAUGAAAUUGUAUGUUGAAACUGAUACUGGUGAUAUUACUGGCCAGAUAAUAAAAGACGAAAAUCCACAAACAUUAACCGAAAAUCAGGUUCAAGCAGUUAUUGACUCUUUUAACGACUGUAUCCCGGUAGAAAUUCCGACCCGACUAGUGAAAAUAAGGAAAAUAAAACUAUUAAAUUAUUCACCAAAAGCAGAAAAAAUAAAUUUUUUGGUAGAAUGUAGCAAAGGCACCUAUAUUCGUAGUUUGGUAAAAGACUUUGCUGAAAAGUUAGGAACAAUAGCCACGGUAAAUCAAUUAAGGAGAAUUAGUUCCGGAAAUUUUCACAUUAAACAAGCAAUAAAAUUAGAAGAAGUGAAAGAAGAGAAGUUAAUUACUUGA